AUGGAAGAAAGGGCAAUCAACCUGGAAUUUGUGGAUUCUAACAUACCGUUAGUUUUCGUCAACUCAAACGACAAGGAGGAAGUUUUUGUAGUACCCUCAGACUAUCCAUACAAACUAAAUAGGGUUAACUUACCUGAAAACAAUUCAUCGCACAAUUCUGGAUCGAACGCAGAAUAUCCCGUUCUUCCGAAAUUGGUCAAAACUCCAAGAAGAACAUUAAUAGCGUAUAGUCCUUCAUUGACUGAUCAGAUAGAAAAUAUGUAUAAAGUUCCAUUCGAUGAACUGUUCGGAGACGAUGUAGCAAAGUUUCUGGACAACAAAGAAGCAGAAAAUGGGCUUGAUAUAAGUUCAGAACGAGCGUACUCAGUGUCAAAUAAAUUUAUACAGGAGAUAAAAAAACACAGAAGGCACUAUGUGUUUUGUAAACAGUGGAAAAGGAAUUUAAUACAAAAUUAUUUGGUUAAUUAUUACAUGGAAAAAUACUCGGAAAAUUUAAAUGGGUUUAAAAAUGAAUUUAAAUCAAAGGUGUUAAAUAACAAGGAAUUUUCGAGAUUGUUUGAAGAAAAUAAACAGAUUAACGAUUUAGAGUCAAAUUAUAAAUCAAAUGAUAAUAUAAGAGACUGGAGGAAAUUUAAUCCAUCAUACUUUAAGUCGAUCAAUGACAUGUUGAACAAAUAUCACGAUUACUUAUACAAAGAACAGGAAAAAAAUAAGAAAUUAAAGCACAAAGCAUCGUCGGUGUCGAGGUACUUUUUUGAAAUACUGGCAGAGGCAAAAGAAUGUGAAAGGAAAAUGUACGAAUGUGAACUGAUAGCAGAAGAAAAUACAUACGGAAGAAGAGAUUUUAUAAGUGAAUUCCACAGAGAGACAAAUAUGUUGAAGAAAAGGUGGAGGAAGCUGUACACAGUGUCGUUCGCAUGUCUAAGAAGAACAUGGGAUAGGAAUAGAAGAGGAGCAAGAGGAAUCCAAGCAACACCAACGAGAAGGAACAUGGUACAGAGACCAAUACAACCAGAAAACAUAGAAACACAGUCAACAGAAAGAGACAUGGUGGGAGUUAACCAAAACAUGGAAACGUACAUCGAUAACAGGAACGAAAACACGACGCCAAUAGACCCAGCAAUGAACACAGCAAUGAACACACAUCACAACUCGGAAAAUUAUAACUCAAACUAUACAGACGAAUACCAAAACAAUAACUAUAACUCGUCAAGAGAUACGACGAUACCGUAUGGAGGAGGAGUGUCUAACGAAACUAACGCGAAGGACACAAGCGCAACACAAAUAAACAUGGAAGUUAUGUCAGAGGACGAAGAGAGGAAUAUGGACUCAAAAACAAAAAGUGGAAAUAUGAAUGCAGAAUGUGACGAUAAUAACAUGACGUCGACGAGCAGUAACGCGGAUAAGUCGAAUCAAACGCCAGCGGCAUCAGCAAGGUUUAACCAGAACAACCCAAUUCAGCUGGUACAAAGAGACCAGAACACAACGACGACGCCAAGUAGGAUGAGGAAUACCACGUCAUCGACGCACUCAGUGGGCUCAUACAACGAUGUGGAUCAUAACGAAGUGUUCUCAGCAAGAGUGCCGUCUGGAGGAGUUAAUAAGUGGAUAUACAGUAAGAUGGAGGAGAGAGGAGAAAUGGACGGAUACCACCAGCUGCUGCACGAGCUGGGAACGCUGAUGUUCGCAGGCGGAAGUCAAGUCUUAGGAUUCACAAGUAUGCCUCAGCAGUUGGAUUGGCUAGAUGAAACGGAUACGAACAGAGUGACAGUGCCGCCGAGUCAGGACACGUUCAGAGACGGAACACUGUACACGACGUGCUGCUACGCAGAAAUCAAGCUCAUGAAGGUGCUGCAAAGCUCACUCUACAUGAUGAAGACAGUUAAAAACAGAGGAAGGGAGCUGGUGGCACUGGUGCUGGAGCAGAUACUGGAAGCAAACUCGGAGCUUUUCGACCUGAAGAAAAAGCUGGACAACGGAAGGUCGGCACUGUACAAAAAGCUGAAGCUGCACUGGGCAGAAAGAAACUCAAAAUGGGGAGGAUUCCCGCCCCUGAAGAGAGGAUACAGACUCCUCAACAUGCUGGGAAAGGGAGGCUUCGCAGAAGUGUGGGAAGUCUUCGACCCGAUCACGCUGACAGUGCAGGCGGCGAAGCUGCACAUCCUGUCGCACGACAUGGACGCAGUGGAGCGAGGAAACGUAGUCAUGAGAGUUAAAAACGAGAUCGACAUACACAAGACGUGCAGAACGCACCCGAACAUCGUUAACAUGAAGGCGUGCUUCGAGAUGGGCGACAACAUGCUGGCGACGAUACUGGAGCUGUGCGACGACGGAGACCUGGACCACUACAUAAAGCUGCACGGGCCAGUGCCAGAGAAGCUGGCGAUAACCUGGACGUACCAAAUACUGCAGGGAUUGCUGUACAUGAAGACGCUGCCGGAAGGAAGAGUGCACCACUGUGACCUGAAGCCAGGAAAUAUCCUGAACCACAGAGGAAACAUAAAGCUGGCGGACUUUGGUCUGUCAAAGAUGGCAAGCCACGACGCAACAGAAGUGUACUGGGGAGGAGGAGGAACGAUAUGGUACCAGCCGCCGGAGUGCCUGAUGGCAAACACGAGAGCAAACGCGAAGGUGCCGCUGUCAGACAAGAUCGAUAUAUGGGCAGUGGGAUGCAUACUGUACGAGAUGUUGUUCAACAGUCGACCGUUCGGAACCUUUUGCAGCAAGAGUUCGCUAUCAGAGCGAGUGUACCAAGAGGCGAUACUGGGAGUUAAGUUCCCGCAAACGUACAAGGUCUCAGACGACUGCAAGAAGCUCAUAAGAGCGUUCCUGGCAGUGGACCCGAACGAUAGACCGUCAAUAGAGGAAGCACUGAGCUCGCAAAUAUUCUACUGCGAAUAA